AUGUCCUUCCUGCCCUCCAAAGAGAGCACCAAUAACAAUGAGGCACCAAAAAUGAACAGAAACAAGGAAAAUGCGUCUACCGACCCAGCAAACCCAACCACGUCGAAACUAUCGCUUGCGUUGAAAGAAGCUGGCGAGGAAUUGCCGGACCCACACGAGCACCAUUUUGAGCACGAAGAGGAGAUCCUCAAAGAAGUGACACAGAAAUUGACGAACCUGAAAGAUGAAGAUCUUACCAAGGCCAAUCCCCAGGCUACUAUGACCUCCAUAAACGAGCACGUUGUGGAAGGAGAAAAUAUCAAGGAGCCGACAAGUCUGAAACAGCUUUUGCAAGCACAACUGGGAGAAGAUAUUUCAAACGAUUCUGACACAGACUCAGAUGUGGACCCGGCAAAUGAGGAAGAUAUGGAAGACUACGUUCCUGGCGGCUAUCAUCCGGCUUACCUCGGGGAAACAUACAAAGAUGAUCGAUACGUUCUGGUGCGAAAACUGGGAUGGGGCCAUUUUUCAACCGUCUGGCUUGCCAAAGACACACAUGAGAAUAGACAUGUUGCUAUGAAGGUUGUGCGGAGCGCCAAAUCCUACAGAGAGACAGCCAUUGACGAAAUCAAGCUUUUGUCCAAAAUCAAUCACACCGACCCGCAACAUCCAGGCCACAGGCAUCUCAUCAAAUUACUGGACUACUUCGACCAUCAAGGACCUAACGGAACUCACAUUUGCAUGGUUUUCGAAGUGUUGGGCGAAAACUUAUUGAGUCUGAUCCGUAGAUACAAGCACAAAGGUCUGCCGAUCAAGUUUGUGAAACAGAUUGCCAAACAAAUCCUACUGGCGUCAGAUUUUCUACAUCGUCAAUGUGGCAUAAUCCAUACCGACAUCAAACCAGAAAACAUUCUUCUGGAGAUCGAAGAUGUGGAAAAGCUGGUCAAGUAUCUAGAAGACUCUCAGAGAGAGAGAAAGCUACUGAGAAGGGUAUCGUCCAAACUCAAAGAAUCUGGCGGGGAGGCUAGUUCGUCAUCGCUCGACGAAGAGAAGAGACAGAUACCGUUUAGGAAGAGCCGUCAUUCAAGACGCCAAACGCUAGUGACAGGGUCACAGCCCCUUCCGUCGCCGCUGAGAUCUAAAUCCAAUUCGUUUUUCGUUUCACCGCUACAGUCUUCAAUUUCUACAUUUGCCGGUAGAACCGUCGGAAAUAUCCCUAUUCGUUCGGAAACAUCUCACCAAGAUCUACAAUUUCUGCUGGACAAGAGUUUCAAGGAGUCGGACCCGUUUUCUGCUGAGCCACCGCGGGAGGAUGAGCUUGACGAUGAUGACCUGAUUACAGUGAAGAUAGCAGACUUGGGAAACGCGUGCUGGGUUCAUAGACAUUUCACCGACGAUAUUCAGACCAGGCAAUACAGGGCUCCAGAAGUGAUUCUGGGAGCCAAUUGGGGAUGUUCAUCUGAUAUCUGGUCGGUGGGGUGUUUGUUGUUUGAGCUUCUGACCGGAGACUAUCUUUUCGAUCCUACCGAGGGCCCUACCUUCAGCAAGAAUGACGACCAUCUGGCGCAGAUAAUCGAGCUGGUUGGCCCCAUAUCGCGUCACGUGCUGGAGGAAGGUUACAACACUAAGAGAUAUUUCCAUUCCGACAUGAAGACACUGCGCCAGAUCAAGAAUCUAAAGCCAUGGCCACUUGAGAGCGUACUUAUGGAGAAAUAUAAGUUCAGCGAGACGGACUCACGCGAGAUCAGCGAUUUUCUAGGCUGCAUGUUGAUCACCGAUCCCAAGUUCCGGAUGGAUGCUGCUGGGCUAUCUAAUCACUUCUGGUUGAACGACUGUGGCUCAUUCGGGUAUAUUGACCGCGAGCCAGGGACGAGAGGUGAAGAUGUCGGUGCUGGGUGGUACAGAGAGGUGCGCAAGCACCAUUAA